GGUAGGGACGGGAGGUGCGUUCUGCUCCGGGCGACCCGGACGGCCACGCGCGCCCGCCCGGGCCGCUGUAUCGUGAAAGCCAUCUGCGACGGGGCAGAGCCCGCCGCGCGCUGUUCGCGUUGAUGCGAGACGCAGCACGAAGGUCAAUUCGUUCGCUUUGUGCCAUCUGAAUGUUUAAAUCAACGCCUCCUUUAUUAAAGGAGGUGUUGGUUUAAAUGCUAUGGUCGGUGGUGGCGCUUGUGUCGCGUUUUUCCGUAGUGGUGAGGCACCCUAUUUCUCCCCGCCUGUGCUGAAGAUUACGGGCCGUGCUUGUUGCCCAAGUCCGCUGCGCCGCUUCGUCUUGUAGGCUCAAUAUACAGCUUCGCUUAGACCGACUCCCGCACUGGGUGGGUUCUACAUGAUUUUAAAGCGAAUGAUCGGAAGAGUAUUUGGCCUCCAUAGAGCGAACGGGCGGAGAAUAAUGCGCAGUUCUCAGAUCGAGUACAUCUACCGCCUGUCCUACCUGUGGUACAGUUUUCUUGGGGCAGUUAUCGUCCUUGUCCUGGGAUCCUUCAUCAGCCUUCUGACAAUUCGAUGGUCCAAGCCGGUCGAAGAGCGUCUCCUGAUUAGGAUCACCUGCAAAUGUUCCUCUAGACGGGGCACAGAGCGAAAUGUCAAGUCGCCUUCGGUGAGCAGUGACAUUUCGUCCGACGGUGGCCCAUUCUUCGUGGAACCAAUUCUCCCGGAUUCGUCCCAUCAUAACCUGGCACAACUUGGCGUGAGCAACAGAUCGUCAGUGACACCACUGACAACUGGCACGAAGCAGAAGCGACUGAAAAAACUCAUCUUCCAGAAGUUCAAUGGCACAGUACAGAAUAAGGUUUCUAAUGGUGUCCCACCUCAGGUGGCAGUCCCGAGGUAUGGAGCUUGCUUUUGGAGAAUUAUCAGAGCCCUUCCAUGCCGACGGAGCCACCAUGUUAUUCAUGGCCAACUAUCGCACCAGUGUCUAGAUACAAGAGCGGGAAAAAUAUUACUGGACCAGUGCCAACAUAAUUUGCUUGUCAGCAUAUUAAUGCUAGCUACAGAGCUCACUAUCAGAUUUAUACGGAUGCUCUGUUACACCUGCGGCGUCUGCCAGUAUUCCAAUUUCUGCCACUCUCAGUCACUGCACUUCGGCUACAGCCACUGAACUAGCUGCACUGUGAGCAACUUUUGUUUACAGCGUAGAUUAGAGAGCAGAGUUUUGGGUCUUCUCCUCCAACUCAAGAACAGCACAGCAGUCUCGAAGUCGCCAUGCAUGCAGGAACAAUUUGUAGUAGAUAUCAGUUGCUUGUGCAUCAAAGCCUUUGAAGUGCACCACAAUGUUUUGUUGCAGUGAUUACCUGCCCACUGCAGUGCACAAGGCAACAUCCAGGCUGAUUGCGCUGCUAGAGCUGCACACAACACUUUGACAGAAAUCCUUAUAUGUACUGCUCUCGAGAAAUUGUGGCGACUCUGGUAUCUACAUUGACCUGGUGUUUGCAGCGAUCCCUCUGAUGUCAUGCAAGCCAUCAGUAUGGACUCCUCUAUAAAAUAUACCCAUUUUCUGACUUUUGUAGAGCACAAAGUCUCAAUAGGCAAGAUCAAGCAUACCUUCAUUGCAACUAACUUAAUGUGGCCUAUAAAAUAUACUUUAAAUGCAAUAACAAAUGGAGAGACUCAGCAAUGUGCUCUGUGUGAAAUCUCCUGAAGACUUGCAACAUCUUCUGUGCGACUGCUGCCGCUAAUUGCCAAAGUGUCAGACAUUGAAGGUGGCCCUACACUUGCAGCACGACUUGAGCUUGGAGCUGUGACACAUUCUUGGCCCAUGGCAAAACACUACCAGCAUAUUACGUGCCACAAAAAUGCUGCUUGUGUUUCUGUGGUCCAAAGCUCAUAACGGAAGUUUGUGAUAGCUUUAUUGUGUAUGUGUGCUUGUGUGACUGUACAUACUGUUUGUGUGUUUAUGUGAUAACUAUGUAUUCCAUAAUUAUCACCCAGCAUCUGGAGUAGCAUGCCAAGCUAACAUCUCCAGCUAAUGUUAGCCAAGCUGUAAAACAUUCCGCUAUUUUCGCAGAAUUUGAAGUUGGUGUCUUGUAGAGCUGUUCUAGGACUCUGGGAAACAUUGCAGAUAAUGGCAGUAUGACAAUCUUCGAAUAACUUUCUACAGAAGACUGUCAUUAACCUACACAAAUUAUACAUUUAUUGUUCGCAUCUCACAACAUGCUCACUACUACAACAAAAAUAAACACCGUGCCUUGAAUAGUUCACCAAGGAGACCAAGGAGACCGGGUAUAACACAUAAAAUUUGGAAGACGAGCGUUCAGUAAUUAUUGCUAAAGCACCUUAUUAACCAAUACACUUUAAAUAUAACAGCUCUGCCACUUUUAGACAUCCCAGGGGAACAGGGAAGCUUUGUAAGCAAUUCAUACAGAGCCUCUAAAUGAGCUGAAAAACAAGGGUAUAGCAACUUUGUUUACAGGUACACAACGUGCUACUACUACCAAAUCUCUACCCGUACCUGUACUACCACCAAAUCUCUCACCGCCUCAAUAGUGGCUGAAAAAUGUGAAGUCCCGGUAGUCUUUACAGCACCCAAGAAACUGGCAGGCAUGUGUAACAUGGUGCAGGGAAGGAAGAAAAGAAAUGAAUGCUGUAUCAAGCAUGUUGACAGGUUUGUCCCAUGCAGAAUAGGGGUAGUGUACCAGAUACCCCUCUCUUGUGGCAACAGCUACAUAGGGCAGACGGGACGGUGUUUAAACAUCAGACUGCAGGAGCACCGCGCAGGGGUAGAAGGAUUGGUGGGGGGUGGCAA